AUGGACAACGCAAGUAUUACAUCCGUAGAGGAACUUCCUCCGCAACCUGGCCGUACUCUACUCCCUUCUCCAGUCGCUCAAGCUGUCAGUCUAGCAACACGCUCGACAUGCCUUGCCAUUCGUCUCAGUUCAAGGGCCGGUUCAUUUGGCCUCAGUGCAGCCAAAGUUACAACUCUAUCCUCCCUGGAGCUCGCUCGCGGUAUGGUCGAGACUGUACUAGGCCAAGCAGGAAGGGAAACUCUAUCACGAUCCCAGAGCGAUUUGUCAAUUGCUGAGGCUGAAUCCAUCAUCGAGCGCAGUUUUGAGCAUCUUCAUAAUGCCAUGUCCCAGGCCGUCUUUUGGACGACUGCAGGUUUUCAGUUUACAAACACGACCUUCUCCAUGGCAUCUGGGAUCUCUCAAUUACUUCUAUCUUCCCUUGACCAAGUAUUCGGCUCGACCGACUCUUCUCGAGCCAUUGCAAGCAUAAUAACGUUGAUAAGACGAGAGUUCCACGAUCCCGCGACUGGGCUCGAUGGGGAAACUAUCGGCAUGACGGAUCUAGUCCUUGGAUUAUGCGCUUUGGCAUAUUUACAGCGGUGGUCGUGGAAAAUGGUAGAGGAGGAAAGGAAACGACAGGAGUGCGAAGAGAUUGUGUGGGAUGUUGUUGUCCUGAACGAUGGCGAGCGGAUCGACAUACAAGAUCGUGUUCCCCGAAAUCCAGUCUUUACAAAAUCGGCCAGCCUGCCUACCGGAAACGACAGUCCCAACAAGUUCCAAACAGCAGCCAUUAUCCCUACCCGCUCAGGGUCUUUCCAAGGCGAAGAAGAAAUUAUCGAACAUUUGAAGGAUGAGAUGGCCAACAAACUCCCUCCCGACACUUCUGUAUCCAUCUUGAAUGCAGUGUCUUCUACACAGACCGUCACCAUCAAUGUCGAUGGGCCUCGCCCAUUUCCUCUACCUUUACUACCAGGCGCAGAGAUCAUCGAAGCUAAUGGGUUAGAUAACCAAGUCGGAAAGCGCUAUAGUCAACUACUUGAGGAUCCUCCAGAAGCCUCAAGUUACCGUGUUGUGUAUAAGCUUGAAAGAUCCAGGACUGGUAGCAUGUCCUUCUCAGGAUCGCGGGAUGGCCCAAUAACUGACGUUGACACGCCACAAGGAGAGUCACCCCCUAUGGUACCAGUCAAAGAACCUCCCCAAGUACCAAAGAAACCACGGACGUCUGCUGCCAAAUCACCCCCACUACGAUGGUCAAGACCUACUAGGGUUACUGACGACACACCACCCCGAAACUCUCCAUCGACUACAAGCAAAUCUCGCAGUAACGGAACACGAGAUGAGAAAGGGAGAUCACCACGAUCAAAUUCGGCCUCGCCACCAUCCUCGCCCAUUGAGCCUCAGACCCCUCAGCGUGAAGCAAAUCAGAAAAGACCACGAGCGCCCAUCAACUCAUCAUAUCCUCGUGGCAAAACCAGUGGUUCCCGUGAAACCACUAUAACCCCGAAGAGAAUACUAUCGAAAAGAAACUCAGACACUUCAACUCCUACUCAGCAGCCUGGCGACAAAAAGGCCGGUCUGCGGCAAGCUCUUCGAGAAGGAAGUCAGUCGAUUUCCAAUAUCUGGACCAAGGACUCGCCACCUACAGAUAGCAAAAAGAAGCCGCAGCCAAAAGUUUCAAAUACCGCCAAGUUCAGUAGUAAGAUUAUCAGUAAUCCACGGGCUCAUUUGGACCAACAGCGCAUCGAACAGGCUGAGCUUAUUCCACGCAGCUCUUCGAGGACAGGCUAUGUCUCUGUUCAUGAGCGCCGGCGGAACUCUAUGGUAUCUCAGACAGAUGCAUAUUCUUUUCGAUCACGAUGUGCCACCCCAACCUAUCCACCGAGUGUUUCCCUGAGCGGCCCGGCGUCUGAUCCGACGGGGGGUCAGCAUUCGUCAAAUGAUGGCCUGCUUGUACCUCCUCCAAUCUCUAUCAGUCAUCGUAGGAUCAUUCGCAAAAGCCCCAGUCUUUGGAGCAUGGCUUCAAAUGACUCGCAGUCGUCGGUAGUACUUUCAUACUACCACCAGAAGAGCGCCUAUACAGCAUCAGAUGCAAUGGGGGGCCUUCGACGUGACGGUAUAGUUAAUGGGAUAUUCCCCCAGGCUCACGUGCUUCGUAACAUCACAAGAUAUAUGAGGUUCUCGUCUGCAUCCUAUGGGUCGGCAUUUCUCAAGUUCAUGGGGAUCUCUAAGGACAUGCCAUUGUUAAGAGCGUGGGAUAGCACACAUGCUGAUGUCAGACAUUUCGUCCAUCACACCGAGUCCGACACCCACAGCAUCCUCUUGGCUUCUAUUGUUGAUCCACAAGGGGGAACAGACUCUAGUGGUUCGACAGGAACAGGUGUACCCUUGGUACAUUACAUCUCUCUUGAUCAUGGUGCCAAGGCAGUUGUCCUAGCCUGUCGGGGUACUUUAGGGUUUGAGGAUGUUCUCGCUGAUAUGACUUGUGACUACGACGUCUUGACUUGGCGUGGCCGGGGCCACAAGGUGCACAAAGGUGUUCAUGCUUCAGCUCGUCGUCUCUUGUAUGGUGGAGAUAGACGCGUGCUUCUGACACUUCGUGAGGCGCUGUUGGAAUUUCCAGACUAUGGCCUUGUACUAUGUGGCCAUUCUCUUGGGGGUGCAGUAACAGCGGUACUUGGAGUCAUGCUUUCCGAGCCAAAUCCAAGUGGUACCGGGUUUGUGACGGCCAUCAAUGCACCCGAAAGAACAGUCGGCGAUGAUCAGCUUGAUGGGCUACUUCCUGUUCACUCUACACUACCCCCAAGGCGUCCCAUUCAUGUCUAUGCAUAUGGGCCUCCCAGUACAAUGUCGACAUCCCUUCGUAAACGAACUCGUGGCCUCAUCACCACCAUAGUUCAUGGUAACGACAUUGUUCCAUACCUCUCCCUAGGAGUCCUCCAUGACUUUCAGGCAGUUGCGCUCGCUUUCAAGAACGAUCAGCAACAAGCCAAAACGGAGAUUCGUCAAAGAAUAUGGCAAACCUUCCAGACUGGCGUGGCAGAUAAAUGGUAUGGAGGCCUGCCCUCGGUGCCGUCUGGGGAUACGUCCAAAUGGGGACAUUCAGUCCUUCAAGGUUUGAGAGCAGGCAUGACGAACCGGAAACUCGUGCCACCUGGAGAAGUGUUUACCAUUGAGACUCAAAGAGUCUUGAGGCGCGAUGCAUUUUUGUUAUCUGAAGAAGACCACAUUGGCAGGCCAGCGCAAAGAAUCGUGCUGAAAUACGUCAAGGAUGUCGAGGAACGUUUUAAAGAGUUGAGAUUCGGGACGAGCAUGUUGGUCGACCACAACCCGGCGAGAUAUGAGGAAGCAUUGAACAAGCUUCGUCUUGGUGUCGUUUGA